CUCGACUCUCGGUGGUGUUCGACUAUCAAUCUCUCCUCUCGUUAAUUUUUAAGACUGGCAUGGACGGGCCUCCGCCUCAGGAGGAAGACUUCUCUUCCCUUCCAAUAUCAGAGAGGCUCAAUCACAAGAACUGGAAAGCCCGUGUAAGCGGAUACGAAUCAUUGAUCAAGACUUUCCAAACCACCGCAUCCGACACCGACCCCGCAUUUAAGCCCUACGUCAGCAAUCCUGAUCUUCUUAAGAAGAUUGUCACAGAUUCCAAUGCUGUAGCACAAGAGAAAGGUGUAGAAUGUAUCGUGGCACUGGUCAAAUUUGCUGGAGAGACUGCCGCAAAGACCAGAGAAGCUGUUGUGCCGGCCUUAGUAGACAAGUGUCUUGGGUCUGCGAGGGCUGGGACAAAGAACCAAGCAAUAGAGCUCAUUCUUCAAUACGUGGAAGUUGGGAAUUCCGCUGCUGGUGUCGUAACGGAUAUCAUACCAGGUCUUUCUGCAAAACAGCCAAAGACAGUUGCUGGAAGUGUAUUGGCCUUGAAAGAAGUUGUUCGGACAUUUGGAACUCAAGUGACUCCUCCGGCCCCUGUUUUGAAAGCACUCCCUAAGAUAUUCGCGCAUGCCGACAAGAAUGUCCGCUCAGAAGGCACGCAACUCACCCAUAUAUUGUAUCAGUACAUCGGUCCAGCGAUAGAUCCUUGGUUAUCGGAGCUUAAACCGGUGCAGGUCAAGGAAUUACAGGAAGCCUUCGAGGGAAUGGAAAAAGCGGGAAAGGGCAAAGGAACCUUGAAGUCUGAAAGACUCACGCGAGAGCACCAGCGUGAGGCAGAAGCGGCAGGCGACGCAGGCGAUGAGGGAGAGGCUGAAUCAGGCGGGCAACCAGAAGAGCUGGAUCUUCCCGAUCCUCGCACUCUGGCGGAGCCAGUUAACAUUGUUCCAAAACUUCCCUCGAACAUGCAAGCUAACCUCACGUCCUCCAAGUGGAAAGAGAGAAAGGAAGUAUUGGACGAGCUGCUUACACUUGUAAAUGCCACCCCUCGCAUCCAGGACGCCCCUGAGCUGGGAGAACUCGUGAAGUCACUUGCCGCGUGCAUCUCAAAAGAUGCAAACAUCAAUUGUGUCAUGACUGCCGCUCACGUCAUGGAAGGCCUAGCGAAGGGCAUGAUGUCUCCAUUCGGUAGGCUUAGGGAGACAGUCAUUCCUUUGAUGCUAGAGCGCUUGAAAGAACGCAAAGCGACUGUUACGGACGCAAUUGGAACUGCAUUAGAUGCCGUUUUCUCCACUACCACGUUGCCCGAUAUGAUACCUGAUCUGAUACCAGCUUUGGGAAAUAAGAACCCACAAAUAAAGGAAGGGACUCUCAAGUUUCUCGCUCGCUCGUUGUCGACUUCAACGACGCCGGUGCAAACUGGUCAGAUGAAAAUGCUGACGGACCCGCUUACUGUUUUGCUCGAGGAUAGUUUUGAGAGUGCACGCAAUGAAGCUGCCACCUGCCUGGGUACGCUCAUGAAGAUGGUUGGCGAGCGACCGCUCAAUGCUCUGAUGGAUGGGCUCGCCGAUGUUCGCAAGGCGAAGGUGAAAGAAGCAUACGAGAAGGCUACAGUAAAAUGCAAAGCUGGAGCUGGAGGACCGCCAAAGGCUCCCGCUGCUGCGAAAGAAGCUACAACAAAAAAACCACCGCCGUCCAAGAAAACAGGAGGGCCUACUCUCUCUAAAGCGGAGGUGACAGAUGCACUAGUGAUAGACGAAGAGCCUCCAAACAAACCGUCUGGGAAACCGCCUGCUAGGCUCAUGCAGAAGAAAGCCCCGCCGACUUCUGAGGCAGCGGAAGCGAGUUCCUCAGCUGGAGGACCUCCAGCCAAGGCUGCUCCUGCUGCCAAGAAGCUUGCUCCCACUGCUGCCGCGAAACCGUCGAAACCUGCCGCUCCUGGCGCUCUUGACACUUUCAAAUAUAAACACACUCCUGAGGAUGCUGAGGGUCUUGCGACCGAGUUAAUACCAGCGAGCAUCAUGGAGGGCUUGGGAGAUGCCAAUUGGAAAGCCAGGCUUGCUGCAUGUGAAGAAAUGCAGACUUGGAUAGAUGGCGUUGUUGAAGAUGUUGAUGCUGAGGUCGUUGUCCGAGCUAUAGCGAAGAAGGGGUGGUCCGAAAAGAAUUUCCAGGUAUCAGCAAAACUGUAUGGUGUCCUGACCAUCCUUGCCGAGCGCUGUCCGUCAUUCGGAAGGUCGUGUGUUGCUCUGUCGACAAGUCAUCUGUCUGAGAAGUUGGGCGACAUGAAGCUUAAGAAGCCAGCUGGUGAUGCAUUAACGGCCUUUGCAGAGAAUACAUCUCUGCAGUUUGUCCUCAACCAAGCAUACGAUCCGCUUGGAAAGCAGAAGGCCCCCAAGGUCCUCGCUGACGCACUUGGAUGGAUCGAUACCUCCAUUGUCGAAUUCGGCAUUGCUGGCAUUUCCCUUCGUCCUCUCAUUGAAUUUUUGAAGACUGCAUUGAAGAACUCUAAUGCAGCUGUGAGGACCAGUGCUACAAAGACACUUGUCUCCGUCAAGUUAUUUGCAGGAUCUAGUAUCAAGGACUUCCUGGAAGACCUGAACUCUCAGCUUUUGGUGACCAUCCAAGGCGAGUUCGACAAGGUUGAGGGUACACCAGCGCCAGAGCCAAGUCGUACUUCUGCCGAUGUUGCAGCCUUGGCACCUGUGACUAGUGGAGGAGCCGUCAAGGGUCGAGACCCUUUGGAUGACCUCUUUCCGAGAGUGGAGAUUGAGGGGCUGCUUAAAGGCACGACCAUUCUUGCUGAUAGCAAGAGUGAUGCUUGGAAAACUAAGAAGGAGGCUCUGGAGACGCUACAGGCACUUCUGGACCAAGGAGCAAAUAAGCGCCUGAAACCAACUAUAGGCGAGAUUGCACAAGUCCUGAAGGCCCGAGUGCUGGACACCAAUAAAGCUGUGCAAAGUCUUGCACUUGACAUAGUCGCUCGUAUCGCGACCGGCAUGGGCAAACCCUUUGAGAAGCAAAACAAGCUUUUUGUAGUACCAGUGGCGACUGUUCUUUCUGAUCAAAAGGCACCUAUCCGGGCGGCAGGAAUCCAGACUUUGACCGCGAUGGCAACCGCAUGUGAAGGCUUGGAUUCCAUGGUUCAUUUUCUGGGAACAGCUUUAGAAGCGGUCAACCCCACCCAACGAGCCUCUCUGCUUGGGUGGAUAGCCGACUUUCUCAAAGACCAUCCCCCUACCUCAUCGUUGGACCUAAGUAAUUGGGCUGGCACCGUGGUCUCAUGCCUCGAUGAUCGGAGCACCGAUGUGAGGAAGGGCGCGCAAGCCCUUCUGCCUCACCUGAUUACCUUUGUCGGCUUUGACAAGGUCAUGCAACACACCAAUUCAUUAAAGCCAGCGUCGAGGAAGACUGCUGCUCCUAUCAUUCAAGCAGCUCGAGAUAGUGCGGCUCCACCACCCACCACCACACCACCCUCCGCACCAACACCAGCAAAAGCUACUGCUUCAAAAGCUGCCCCCUCAGUUCCCGCAAAUUCAUCGCCGACUCCCCCUCCACCCUCUCCAUCGACUGCCCAAGCUCCCUCCACAGCAGCUAGUAAACUCACGGGUGUCCGACGGAAGUUACCACAAGGGACAAACUCCCGGCCGGACUCUCGAGCGGAUUCAGUGGAUGAACCUGCCACCUCUCGCCUUCCAGGGAAGUCGGGAACCGGUGGCCUCAAGCGCGCAGGAGCACCAAGCAUUGCUACGAAGAGUUCCGUGGCACUUCCUCCGGCAGUGGUCUCUGCUCUUCCAUUCUCCAGUAUGAACAUGGAGGCUAAGCGUGCGAGAUUAGCCAAGGAUGCUCAGCGGUGGAUUAACGAAGGUGGAACUACCAGGAAGGACCUGGCCGAUCUCCUGCAGCACCAAAUGGAGCCACACGCAUCCAAGGACCUUGUUGCUCAGUUAUUCAGCCACGACCACAGCGCUGUCAACGAUCAUGUCUCAGGACUGACUACGAUGCACAAUUUCUUCUCUGCUGCGGAGUCUGGAGACGACAAAUUUGGAGUCCCUCCAGACGAUCUCAGAGCCGUCGCUUUAGCCUGCAGCGAUCUUGCUCUGAAAUACGUUUCUAUCAAAGCUCAUGAACCUCAGUCCAACUUAAGUGCCAAAUGCUUAGAAGUGGUCGAAACUGUUCUUGCGUUCCUACGUAGUAUUGACGCUCAAAUAGACGACCCAGAAGCUCUCUGCUUCCUCCCGACAAUGGUCCACAAGCUCGGCGACGCUCGCGAACCGGUGCGCGCCCGUGUGCAGCAAAUCGUUCAAAUGAUGCCAAAGGUGUACGCAUUCAGCCGAGUCUUCGACCUGCUUCUGGAGCAUGGCCUGAAAUCUAAGGUGGCAAAAACCCGUCAGGGCGCUCUCGAUGAAAUCAGCAGUCUUCUGAAGCGUAACGGUAUGUCCGCAUGCAAUCAGCCCAGCAAGGCCUUCCCUGUCCUGGGUUCUAUGAUCGCAGACAAAGACUCCGCUGUGCGAAAGUCUGCUCUAUCUGCUCUAAGUGAGGUAUAUUCCUUGAUUGGAGAGAAAGUCUGGUCGCUUGUGGGACCGUUGUCACCAAAAGACAAAACACAGCUUGAAGAGCGUCUACGCCGCGUCGCAGGGCCUAGUAGCCCAGGCAAGCAAGCACCGCAGACACCCGUGCAGCCUGCAGCCAUCUCCCGUUUGGCAGGCGCCGGUGUGCGUUCGGAUUCACCGACCGCACCACGCCCAGGAAGUCCAGCUGUCUCGGGUAUCUCUCGAUUUGCUAGACCCGGUUCCCCUGCAAUGACACUGCGGUCUGCCUCUCCAGCUCCUUCCCAAAUUGCCAGACCCUCUUCCCCAAUGCGACCGAAACUCCCUGGCCCGUUGGGCAUCGCCGUUCCAUUGGCUACCGCAGGCUUUUCAGGUCUUGCUGCGCCGACCUCUCCUUCGGGCCUGCGCCCAAAGAGCAUGUUACCAUCGCGUCUCGGACCACCUAAGCCUCGUCCAAACUUUUCUGGAUUAUCCUCGAAUGUGGCCACGCGUUCAGAAGAGCGUUCAGAACUGCCGUACACCAACCACGCUAAUGGCCGCCCAGAUACCAAUACUCCGUCUAUGCCGUCCACGGAGUCUGCGGAGACUCUGGUAGAUAGCGCCCACACAUAUGACGACGCCCCCGUGUUCGAUGUUCCCGAUGACAUCACAAUUACUAUCUCCAGCAUAUUGAGCAGCGAUCCGUCUCGCAGCGUAGAGGCUCUCAAGAAAAUCCAAAGGAUCCUGGUUACAAAGCCAGAAGAUGGGCACGCAUCUCCGGAGUAUCGUGAAUUGGCGGAACACACCGAAGGUCUGAUAGAAACUAUCACUCUGCAAAUGGCGCAUGUCUUCGAACGUCCCGAGGAUCUAGUUUCUGACGAGAACUUCAGAUUGGCGAAGCACCUCAUCCAGACACUCAACACGUUCUGUGACCACAUCUUCCUGGCUGAGUCGCUAACCGUUGACAUCCUCACCCCACUAUUAGAGGAGCUUACACUGAGAUUAUUGGAGACUGAUGAGAGUCAUGUCACCAAGGUCAAGGAUCUGUCACGAUUUAUCAAUAUGAUCAUCUUGAGGCUGUUCGCCACAGGACGCAGGAUGUCGAUAUUCCGUUCCCUAUUUUCCCUGCUUCUGCAGAUCGUAAAGCCGUUUCCAAGCAAUGGGACACUCUCAGACUCCAAGGAGGCUCGUGUUGCUGAGCUUGUCUUGAAAUGUGUCUGGAAGCUAGCUCGGAACAUUCCUCAAGACCUGAAGGAGCAGAAACUUGAUCCAGUUGAGCUCUUGCCUGCGGUCGAGCACUUCUUACAGUCAGUACCUCCAAACGAAUGGAGAGCUAGAGCCACGAACAAGGUUCCGUGUGGGGAUAUGCCGUUGAGGACCAUCAAGGUUAUCAUUCAGCAUGUAGUUGCGCAUUAUGGCGACGAAGUUUACGACUUCCUUUCCGCAUCAUUCGACGACCCAUCCGCAACUAUUGUAUACCCCUACGUCUACCGCAUUCUCAAUUCAUCCUCUCGAGCAGCAGCAGACCUCCCAAUACGGUCAAAUCACAGUCCACCAGAGCCUAUUGGGCGCCCAUACUCAGCAGCUUCCAGUCGACCCAUAUCACCAACAGGCUCUUCUACCAAUCACCAGCAGUCUUCCCCCAGUCAUCGAACAAGCCCGAGUGUCUCCUCGCACAAUGGCUUCUCGCCACCCGUGGAAGAGCCAGAUCCGGAAGCACAAUUGAUCACCAUCAUAAACCACAUCUCCAGCGAGACUACAGGAGCGAUGCACAAGGAGGGUAUCACUGAGCUGCAUCAAUUCUUGAAGAACUACCCGCAUAAGCGACCACGCGUCGAGAAGCUACUAGAGACAACCGGCCCUGCGUUUCGGAAGUAUAUCAAUCGCGCACUUGCGAGUAGGGCGGCCGAAGAUCUUGAGCGAACCGUGGCGGUCGCAAGUACCCUGUCGAAAUUGGAAGCGAAUGGCCAUGAAUCACCCACUCCUGGUUCUCCUGUUCCGAGCCGAGGGGACAUGUCGCCUCGAUCUGCGCACCAUACGCCCGAUCCACCCGGAGAGGACCGCUUGCAUCAGCUGCAUGGCAUAUUCCAUUAUAAUCGUGCGAGCACAGCGAGCAAUGGAUCUUCGCAAAGUGCUGCGAGGCCUCGGAUAUCGGAGAGCUGAGACUGAUUGCAUAUGGAUUCUUUCAACAUCUCACUCUUUUUCACCUCUGCUUUGUUUCUGCAAUUCGAUCAUUUACGACACUUCAGACUCCCUUUUAAUAGGAUGCGCGAUUUUUUGGAGAGCUUUAUGAAUUUUAUGUGUAUUUCAAGUCAUAAAAGUCGGAAAAUGUACCAUCAUCAGCUGAGGUCUUCUAGCAACGCAGUGCAGGCAAAAAUAUAAAUUUAGGCUGCAAGCCGGUCGUAAGACCUUUACACAUACCAGGUGCUCGUCGGGUUGGGAAGUCGCGCCCGCACUCCACAGGUGACUCAGCACGAGUAGCAAUGAUCGCCACUAGCAGUAGACACAACGUUAGAGUAGACAUCACCAUAUGAUAAUCCACUCAUACAGUCACGGUGAUGCUUGUGUCAUCGGUUACAUCAUGAGGAGCGCACAAAACGGUGGGGUACCAAUCCAA